AUGCGUGAAUCCUGGUCGGAGUUGGAUUGUUCCGACAAGAUCGAACCGCGGUUGACCAGCCGGCGGACUGGCGGACCUCUCUUCUCCACGAAAGAGACAAGAGCCGGCCGCGAAGGGCAGCCGGCAGGCGCCGCUCGCCGUCGGCGGCUGGCCCUGCCGGGGAGAUCCUCGUGAGGGCGGCGCCGCCCAGAUGA